AUGUUAACACGGCAGGGUGCAUUACGCCUUAUCGAAGUUGAAUUUCAUCGAUUAGCUAAUAUUGAUAUUGAUCUUUCUGAACGUACCGUACCAUUUUCUAUUGUUUACCGCCCAACAGAAUUCAAACAAAUACCGAAGUGUUCUGGCAAACCUGAUCAAGACGCUGAUGAAUGGCUCAAAGAACUCUCUUCUACAUUUCGUAUGGCAGAUAUUACUGAAUCACAAACAUUAAAAAUAAUACCCACGUUUUUGGAAGGAUCUGCUAAACAAUGGUUCAUCGAAAAUAGUACAGCAUUUGAAUCAUGGAAUGCAUUUAAAGAUGAAUUUACUCAUACAUACUCCUCUCCAACAAUGAAACAAUUAGCGUCACAACAGCUGCGAACUCAUCAACAACAUAUCGACGAACCUAUUAUUGAAUAUUACACAUAUAUUAUGAAAUCAUACAAAAUUAUCGAUCCUAAUAUGACAGACGUAUCCAAACAUGAUCAUUUAUAUCAUGAUUUAACACCAUCUGUAAUGAAAGAAGUAUUGCAUCAAGCUUCAUGA